AUGGAGGCGACGGCCAUCAGCAUCGGCAAGUCCGUGUUGAGCGGGGCGCUCAACUACGCCCAGUCUGCCGUGGCCGAGGAGGUUGCUCUGCAGCUUGGAGUCCAACGUGACCACUCCUUCAUCUCGGACGAGCUCGAGAUGAUGCGGGGUUUCCUGAUGGCCGCACAUGAUGAGCGGGAUGACAACAUGGUGGUGAAGAUCUGGGUGAAGCAAGUCCGCGAUGUGUCCUAUGCUGUCGAGGACUGCCUCAUGGACUUCGUUGUACGUCUUGAGAAUCAAUCCUGGUGGUGCCUCUCUCGCAAGGUGCUAGCCCGGCGUUAUGUAGCGGAGCAGAUGAAGGAGCUCAGAGCCAAGGUGGAGGAGGUCAGCCAGAGGAACCAACGGUAUCACCUCAUCAAGGGCUCUAGCUCCAAGCCUACCUCUGCUGUUGGGCAGUCUACCAUCUCCGGUGCGACGAUGUCUGCUGCCGAUGAUGCAAGGCUGAAGCGUCAGAAAGCUAAAAUGGAUCUCGUCAAGUUGAUCAAUUGCAAUGAUGAUGCACUUCGAGUGAUAGCGUUCUGGGGCACAAGUAGUAGUGAUCUGGGGGAGACGUCCAUCAUCAAAAGUGCCUAUGAAGAUCCCAUGAUACACAAGAAUUUUGAUUGUUGUGCUUGGAUCACAUUGGUGUACCCUUUCAAUCAGACGGAUUUCAUUCAAAGCAUUGUUAGGCAAAUCUAUGUUAAUUCUCUUCAAGAGACAGGAGAAGAAGGAAAAUCAGCUAUUGGGGGCCAAGUUUUGAAGAUGAUGGCGACGGUAAACAAAGAUGGUUUGGCUCAUGAGUUCGAGAGAUAUUUGAAUUUCAAGAGUUACCUAAUUGUACUCAAUGGCAUACGCACCAUUGAAGAGUGGGAUUGCAUUAAAUCAUGUUUUCCUGACAACAAGAAAGGAAGUCGAAUCAUAGUAUCCACUGAGCAAGUUGAAGUUGCAAGCUUGUGCAUAGGAGCAGAUGAUGAAGCUCUAGUGCAUAAGAAGUUAUUUGCUGAUCAAUCUCUUUAUGCUUUCUACAAGAAGGUUUCUCAGGAGGAAAGGAAUUCGGAGGAAAAAGGGUCCACCUCAUAUGUAGCCCCUAGCGUUGUUAACAGCUCUGCACACAAGAACAUCCUCGCUCGUAUGGAGACAAUGGCUACUCUAGAGGAAUCUCGCCUCAUCGGGAGAGGGAAUGAAAAAGAGGAAAUCAUCAAACUAAUCUCAAAUAAAGAUCGCCAGCAAUUUCAUGUGUUCUCCUUGUGGGGAAUGGGUGGUAUUGGAAAAACAACACUAGCGAGGGAUAUCUUUCAAAGCCAAGAGAUUAGUAGCAUGUUUGAUAAGCGUGCUUGUGUCACAGUCAUGCGUCCAUUCAAUUCAGCAACACUCCUUGAGAGCUUAACUAUGCAAUUUAGAGAUAGAAAUGAGACAGAUUUAACGAGAUGUUUGGAAGGGAAGAGAUAUUUGCUUGUUCUUGAUGAUUUGUGGUCCAUAGGAGAGUGGGAUGCUAUAAAAAAAUAUUUGCCAGAAACGGCAGCAAGCUGCAUAAUAGUCACCACAAGGGAAGAGAAUAUUGCCAAGCACUGCUCAAAGGAUGGAAUAAACAUAUACAAGCUGAACCAUCUGGGCCCUGAUGACGCACGUACCCUCUUCACCAAAAAGGUAUUUAAGGAGACCGUAAGUUUGGAUGAGCGAUAUCCAGAGUUGGUUGAACCAGCAAAACUGAUAUUGAAGAAGUGCAGAGGGCUUCCCCUUGCACUAGUCACCAUAGGUGGCUUCCUGGCAAACCAACCAAAAACUGCUUUUGAAUGGAGAAAAUUGAAUGAGCAUAUCAGUGCUGAGUUGGAGAUGAAUCCAGAACUUGAGACCAUAAAAGCAAUCCUUAUGAAAAGCUAUGAUGGAUUACCCUAUUACCUCAAGGCUUGUUUCUUGUAUCUGGCCAUCUUUCCUGAAGACCAAAAAAUUGCACGGAGACGCUUAGUGCGUCGGUGGCUUGCAGAAGGUUACUCAAGUGAGGUGCGUGGCAAGUCUCUGGAGGAAAUAUUGGACGGUUACUUCAUGGAACUCAUAAGCAGGAGCAUGAUCCUGCCAUCUCAACGAUCAAUGUAUAGUAGGAAAGGAAUCGACUCAUGCCAUGUCCAUGAUCUGAUUCGUGAAAUUGCCAUCUCAAAGUCUAUGGAGGAAAAUCUUGUUUUCACAUUGGAGGAAGGGUGCGGCUUAAACAAUCAAGGCACGGUGCGCCAUCUUGCUGUAAGCAGCAACUGGAAGGGGGAUCAGUGUGAGUUUGAGAAUAUGGUAGACUUGUCCUGUGUACGAUCACUGACAGUGUUUGGAAAUUGGAGGCCAUUUUACAUUUCUGACAAGAUGAGGUUGCUACGAGUGCUGGAUUUGGAAGGCGACUGGGAUCUAGUUGAUCAUCAUCUUGCACACAUUGGGAAGCUUGUUCAUCUUAGAUAUCUUUCUCUAAAGGGACAGUAUGCUAUAUUUCACCUGCCAAAUUCGUUGGGGAACCUGAGGCAACUCCAGACACUAGAUAUUUCAGGUACAAGCAUAACGAAGCUACCAAGGACCAUGAUGAAGCUUGUGAAGAUGCAACGCAUUCUUGCUGGUGACAUGAAAAAUGGUUAUUAUGAUGAACUUAGGUGGCCACUAAUAAGGUUGCCUUUAUAUUCAGCGGGUUGUUGUGUGGCAUGUUGUGCACCUGGGCUGGGAAAGAAGCUUCUUGGUAUUGAUGAUGUUGCACAAUUUAACAGGCGUGAUGUGUGCACUGCGUUCUAUUGCAGCAUGUUACCUUAUUAUGUGGCAGGAGGACGAAAUCCAGGUGGUGUAGAAGUUCCGAGAGGGGUUUGGAAAUUGAUGGCCCUGGACACACUGCGUACUGUGGAUGUCUCAGUGGGAAAGGCUGUUCUAGAAGAUAUAAAAAAACUCACCCGAUUGCGCAAGUUAGGAGUGACAGGCAUAAACAAGAGAAACAGUCAAGAGUUGUGUUCAGCAAUUGCUCGUCUCAGCAGCCUGGAGUCAUUGUCACUGCACUCAGAAGGAGAGACAGGUUUAUCAGGCUGCUUGGAUGGGUUGUCCUCACCUCCAGAAAACCUGCAGAGCCUCAAGUUGAGAGGCACCCUGGUUGAGCUGCCGGAGUGGAUCCAGGGCCUCAAAAAUCUUGUGAAGCUGAAGCUAGAGUGGUCGAGUAUAUCGGAGCAUGAUGCGGCCAUGCAAGUCCUUGGUAAUCUACCAAAGCUGGCCACCCUACGUCUAUUGUAUGACUCGUUCAUUGGUGAAGAGGUCAGUUUCAUUUUCUGUCGGGAGACAUUCCCAAGCCUGAAGGUGCUGAAGCUGUAUUGCAUAAGAAACCUCAAGUCGGUUGGAUUUGAAGAAGGAGCAGCCCCUAAGCUUGAGUUGCUGCGGCAUUAUAAUGGUUGGAUGAGUCCUAGUGUUGGGUUGUUCUCUGGGUUACAACAUCUCCCAAGCCUCAAGGAAUUUAUGCUGGAGGAGUCGAACUGGAGGAACACCGAGUUCGUGGAGCAGUUGCAAGGCCAGCUGGCAGAAAAUGAUAACAAGCCUGUUCUGAAGAGUUGGAGCCGGGUUUCCUAG